UCGUACGCCUCAAACAAUAUCAACCAAUACAAUGUAUCAAUAUACAACGAAAGUUUGGAUUACGUUGAUGUUCUUGCAACGAGAUUUCACGAACCAAAACCAAAACCGAAAAAAAUGAAGCUUAACACGAAGCAAGGAAUUGUCAUGCAACAAGUUCUGCAAGUGUACGCUCUGACCGAUUCGAAAAAUGACACUUGCAAGAAGCACAGCAAAGAGUUUCAAACUGCUUUGAAAUCAUUCCAACCAUGGGCUUUACAAAUGUUCGAUUCGUCUUCGAAAUUACAAUCUGGAAUUCUAUUGGGUAACUUGAUGGAUUAUGGCAGUUUCAAGGAAUGCAUUUAUAUUAAAGCUUACACCGAAGCUGGAGAAAUUAAUGGGAAGCACUGCGUAAUUAGAAUCCAACCGACGGAAAAUAUCGUCAAAAAGAUACUUGGCUUCAGAAACAUCACUGGUUCAUGGUACGAAAACUAUAGAAACCUUGUACUUGGAGCAAGCCUUCUUUGGUCAGUUUGCAUACCAGAUUCCUGCGACCAUAACGACGUUUUGCACCACUUCAACAAAACUGUUCUUUUGAUGACCGAAGGAUUGGACAUCAAAGUGUCUCUCGAUGAAUUAGAUUGCUAUAGUUUAAAAGAUGAAACACCUUUCAGUAAACGAGAAUGGAUUGUCUUGACAUUUUUUUUAAUAAUACUUCUGAUUAACACCGCUUGCACAACAGCUGAUAUAUAUUUAAGAAAACACGAAAAGGAAAUUCCGAAAGCGAUUGGUAUAUUUUCGGCUUACUCCAACUCUUUGUACGUUUUCACAGAUAGGGAGGACACGGAGAAUCUGAGCUGUUUGCACGGUAUACGCUUCAUAAGUAUUUUCUACGUGCUCGUGGGCCAUAAAUUCCUUAUGUCAAUAUUCUUUCCCCUCGCAAACACCUUGGACGUUAUCCAGUGGUUGUCCACUUAUCCUAGUACUAUAAUAACUGGGUCAACGUUGAGCGUAGAUUCCUUCUUCGUGAUGAGCGGUUUACUAGUCUCCUACAACUUUUUCCAGCACGUCUCUCAAGGAAAAAAGUUCAAUUUGUUCUUGUUCUACAUCUACAGAUACAUUCGUUUGACACCACCUUUGAUUGUUGUUGUCUUAACUUUAGCUACUUUUGGUGAUCGCUUUGGAUCUGGUCCACUUUGGAAGAAGGUGUCGAUGGGUGUGAAUAAACCUUGCCAAUACUUCUGGUGGUCCACUAUUUCUUACAUCCAAUGUUACAUCAAUACAAAGCAUUUGUGUCUAACUCAAAGUUGGUAUUUGAAUUGCGACAUCCAAUAUUACCUUUGUUCGCCAUUAAUUCUAAUACCCUUAUGGAAGAAUAAAUCUCUUGGAAUUAUUAGUUUCUUGAGUCUACUCUUGGCUACACUUGCUCUUAACUUUUACAUGGUUUACACGCACGAAUUCAAAUCUUGGGCUUUACUCGAUAACGAUAUGGCGAAUAGCGAUUAUUUUACCAAUUACUACUUGCAGCCUCCUGCAAGAGCUUCUCCUUAUCUCAUAGGAAUAAUAUUUGGAUAUUUUCUGUUCAAAACUAAAGACGUUAAUUAUAAACUGGGCUAUAUAAUUUUAACUUUUGGUUGGAUUUUAAGCUUGGGGAAUAUUACUUUCCUUCUAGCCAUAAACAAGGUUUUUCAAAGCGAAGAUUACGUUUACAACAAGAUGCAUCAAAGCUUCUAUCUGACGUUCUUUAGACCACUUUGGGCUUUGUCCAUUUGUUGGAUUAUUUUCGUUUGUCGGGAAGGUUACGGUGGUCCCAUAAACACUAUAUUAUCCAGCAAAGUUCACCAAGUAUUAGGAAAAAUUAGCUACUCCAUCUUCUUGACACACAUGGAGUUCCAGUAUUUAUCCGGAGGAUCAACCAAAUACCCGCUGUACUUCACCGGAUUAAAUUUAGUAAACUCUGAUAUCAACAAGUAAUAACAAUUGUAAUCUGA